AUGAGGGACGGGAUUGGAUGUCUAAGGAGGGGAGAGGUGGGUCGACAUGAGGGAUGGGAUUGCAUGUCUGAGAAUGGAAGUUGGUUGGUGGAGGCCGGUGUGUGGGUAGGGGAGGGGAGCGGGAGGGAUGAUAUGGGAAGGGAUGGCCUGUUUGUAGAGUGGAGAGUAGGGUUCACAGUAUGGACGGGAUUGGAUGUUGAGGAAGGGGUGGAGAGGGUUCGCGGGGUGUCGUGUGUUUGGAUUCCUGCCAUAGAGCGACAUCAGCGGGUGCUCACCAAGACGAGCAGAACCAUGACUGUCGGGGAACCACACGACAGCGCAUGGACUUCCUACAAGCUUGCGCUGGGUGAAGAUGUGAUGCGGAGGUUCUCGGGGGAGCUGGUUCGGGCGGGGAUCGUGGUGUCGACCCUGCAGGCCAAGAUGCCGGGCUGGAUGGUGUGCAAGGGCAGUACUCCUUUGGAUUACGCAGGGUGUGAGGUGCACUCGGCCGUUGCGAUUCCACCGCACACGCGGAUGGACACCAGAGACCACGGGCAGUUGGUGAAGGCUGCCCCUGAUGAACGCAAGUUCAGCAACAUCCGCAUCCAAGGGGGCGGGGCUGAGUGGUACGGCAAGCUCCUAAUUCUGUUCCAGUUCACAGGGCCCGACGGUGCGAAAGUGCAGCGGGCUUUUGUGAAAUACUACGAUGAGGUCUCGCCACCGUGUCCCGUGACCGGGUGCUUGCGCCUUGUGCCUACGACAGGGGAGGAUGAGUAUUCGGUGAUCGAGGUGGAUAGCAUCCUAGCCCUUGCGCACAUCGUACCCUCUUUCACGCAUGAUGACAUGUUGUUGGUAAAUCGGUUCCUCUUCCGACAUAUGGGGUGA